UAUCGAACACGGAAUUAAAUGUUUUUGUUUUUUUUUACACGGAAUUAAAUGUGAACGGCUGAAUAACGUCCCGUCAUGUACACAAGCGAAACCCCGAUCGCUGGAGCGACCUCUGAUAAAGUGAUCCGCGUGACGGCGUAAAGUGAAAGACGUUUAUUUCCUGUUUGUUUUUCGAUAUCGGACCUUUAUAACUCCGGACCGAGCUCUGUACACACAGAGACGCACAUUAUAGGAGUAAGAUGGCUUUUGCGAACCUGUUCUCGAGGCUCUCCGCUGUGGAUGAAGGAGUGAAGAGUGCGGGGCAGCCUGCCGUCACGCAGCGGAAUGAGCCUGGGGGAGGUGGGAGAAAGAGGAAAACUCAGUACGAGCUGUUUGGAUCUCACAAAAAGAAGCCGUGUGUCCAAGCCCAGGGAACCAGAACUCGAAGUAACGCCAAAGCUGAUAACACAAAGGACAAAGUGUGUUUAAUGCAGAACAGCGAUGGUGAGCAAAGACUGAGCAAAGGCUUCAGUAACAGAGGCCGUCAAUCUCAAAGGCAGAAACAUCUGAAGAAGAAGGAUGGACAGAAAGAUCCAUAUCAGCACAAGGAGGGACGGAGAGGGAGAUUUUCCCGUGGACAAGGAAGACCGAUGUCUGGAAGAGGUGGGAGAGGCGGAAGAGGACAUGAAAAUGACAUGAUGGACUUUCAAGUGAAGCCAAGGUUCAUGACUCAGGAGUUCAAGGACCAGAAUGCGCUGUUGGUGGACGGGCGGUUACUUUGUCGACAUUUUCUUUACGGACGAUGCCUAAAGGCUGAGAGUUGCCAGCUGGAGCAUAUUCAGGGUUACAACGAUCUCAUCAAAGAAGUCUGUAAAUUUUACAUCCAAGGCUUCUGCACAAAAGGGGAGAGCUGUCCGUACAUGCACAAGUCUUUUCCUUGCAAGUUUUUCCAUAGAAAAGGAAAAUGCUAUCAAGGAGAAGACUGCAAGUUUUCUCACGAGCCGCUUACUGACGUCACAGGAAAACUGUUGGAUGAGUUAUUAAAAUGGCAACGUGACCUCUCUGAGCUUGCAAAAAAAGCUGAGCAGGAGCCUCUGGGACAGCUGGCGAGCAAAGAGGAGGCAGGAAUGACAGAAACAAACGGGACCCCCAGUGUUUUCAUGGACCCGCUCAGGCCUAACUUUUACCGCAGCGCAGAUGCAGCUACAGAGGGGGAACCCUCAGUACACCAGAUACAAGAAAUGGCCACAGUUACAGAUGAAGCUGUUCUUCGGUGUGCAGCAGACACUGCCCGACCUCACAGCCCUUCAUCAACCAGCAGUAACUGCCCGGAGCCAGUUUGUUAUUCAGUGGAAGCCAUGCUUGGACCUCAGCUGUACAGGUCUUUCCCUAGCUUCUAUAAUACUCCUGAAAGGAAAGAAUCUACUACCCCUUCUGCCGCAGAGACCACCACCGAGGCCACUUUAGGCUCCACGACACAAAAGGAAGUUCCCUAUUCUGUUGAUGCUGUCCUCAGGUCCUUAAAAUCAGUGGAAAAUUACACCCUUGGUCAAAGACUCACUGCUUCAAGUGUAAAAACGGAGGAAAUCCAGGAUCCUCUCUUAAGUUCACAACAUCAAGUACAAAAAGUCUCACUGAGUAUCAAACAUGAGCCAAACAAACCCUUCAAGAAAAUGUACAAGAGCCUGUCUUCCCUACAAGUGCACGACAGCCUGAUUUCUAGCUCUGAUCUUAUUCUUUCCUCUGGUACUCAGCAAUGUGGAGCUAUACCAGAGUCCCUGAAAUCUGCUGAAAUGGCUUUUCAUGAAGUUAAACUGGAGCGUUUGCAUCCUCCUGUUAUAGAUGAAGAUAAUCCUGCAUCUUCCAAAAGCAAAUCGGACAUGAAUGAAAGCUCACAGCUUCCUACAGAUAACACCCGUCCUCCUAAACAUCUCUCGGGUAUUUCUACCUCUCCAGGCGUCUCAGAGUUUAAAAGCAGAACUUCUGCUCCUGUUGAACCUGCAGAUGGCUCCAUUAAGACGAGUGACUCUGCAAACAUUGCCGUUCACCAUUUUGCAGCAAAGCAGCUUGCUGAGAUCCCUCGGUACCCAAGAAAGACAAAAUCUGUCUUCCAACCCGGUGCACAGAAACGCUGUUCUGCUAAAAUGUCACCGGAGUGCAGCGGGGAGACUCCAACUCUGUCCGAUUGUUCAGCUGGACGUAAAAAGACUCAGAAAAUCCCCUUCAGUUGCCUUUUUAAAAACCCAAUCGCUGAGAGCGUGACACCGACACCUGACCCAGUGAGAGCCUCACAGCCUGCACAUUUCACCAGCAAAGAAGGACAUUUAAAAACUGAAGUCAAACCUGAGAAAACCUCUGCUGCUUCCUUCCUCAGCCUUUUUGCAAACCCCCUCUCUGAGACUUUGAGUUUGCCUCCCUGCAGUCAGGCGUCAGCUGAAAGUCCUUUUCAAAGCGUUUCUAAUGUAGAGUUGGCUCCUUCGUGUGAAGUCCAAACUGAUGUCAAACAAAGUCCUGAUAGUUGCUCCACAACCUCUGAAGCUGAGCCUGAUCCUGUGAAGCAGCCAGCAGAUCCAGCUUGCAGCAUCGUGCAGGAUUCAAUCAAGGAGACUUCCUCCAGUCCAGCUCCGGGUGGUCCGAAUCCAUCUGAAACUCCGGCACAGCAGCAACUGCCUCACGUCUCAUCGCCCACAAGGGCGCCUAAGGAUUCAGUCCUGAAAUCCCUGUUUGUGAGCCUGAGCCCAUACCAGGAGGAUGGAGAGCAGCGGGGCGGCAUUCAGAUCAGUGAACUAGAAAUGAGCAACAAAGGUCGCGUCGGGCACACUUUUGGAAAACAACAGCACGAAGAAAAGAAGCAUCGGACGUCCAGCAGUCGGCCCACCGUGAAGGCGUCUGCACGCUCAACAGACGACCAGCUUUCUUUUCAAACUCCUCAGAACUCCUCAGAGGUAACAGCAGGGCCGACCCUCAGCAGUCCAGGUGUGACCGAACCUCAGGUUAGAAACUCUGGCACGUACAAGCUGCCACUGGAACCAGCAACACCGGAGAUCAACCACCACACCGACCCGAGAGAGAUGCACUGCUCUAGGAAAGAAAAGAGGGGGCGUGGGAGGGUGGGGGUGACUCCACUGAAGGACCUUUUUAAGACUCUGGACAGCGCUGUUUUCCACCUGGGACGUUAACGUUGGGUUUCCUCUGUUAGAUGCAAUCAUAGCAAAAAUCAUACUAGUGAUGGGACUGUGAGUGUGCACUAAACCUGCACGUUUGCUUGUUCAUCCAUGCAUCACCAAAGUUUUGACUAAAUCACAUCGGUGCAUCAAACCAGAUUACCAGUGUUUGCACAGUCCUGUCAGU